GUCCGGCUCAUUGACGGCGACGCGACCUUGCUGAGGGCCACAUCCGUGCCCUUCCUCUUGCUUGCUCCUCAACGAUCUCACUCCGCGUUGUCCGCCGCAAACAUAGCAUCUACUUGCCCGAGGAUCCCUGGCAAGAGUAGCAGGUGGAGACAGCAGAAUGGACGGGUUAGUCCAGUCGCUGUUCGCGGAAUGGGCUGCGGCGUUCGAUGAUGAUGGAGAGCCGGGGCCACCAAACGGGACGCCCCCAACUUCGAAGUUCGAGGGGCCAUGGUUCACGACACAACUGAUACUAUCAACAUGCAUUGGGCUCGCUUCCUUUCUCAUAUUCUCAUAUUGCCGGACACGAUGGCCACUACAAUUCGCCCCUCGGACAAAACUGAAAGGAUUCUCGCCCCAUGAAGCGCAUGCCCACCAAGCAUUCUUCGGGUGGAUAUUGCCCACGAUCCGGACGUCUGAGUUCACUGUACUGCAAAUAGUAGGACUUGAUGCUGCUGUCCUGCUCAACUUCUUCAAGAUGUCAUUCUACCUCUUUGCCGUCUGCUCCAUCUUCGCGGCACUCGUCCUCAUGCCUGUCAAUUUGAAGAAUAACGUCGACAUUGGCGACGGCCGCGGAGACUCGGAUGGAGAUGGAACAUGGCCCCCUACCAUGAGCUUCGCCCCUGCUACCAACUCAACCGAACCUCGCGAUUGGCUCGACCUCAUCAGCGACGCCAACUCCUACCUCUCCGUGCACCUCCUCUUCACCUACAUCUUCACCCUCCUCGCCCUGCGCUUCAUCCACAACAACUAUAAACGCUUCAUCCGCGCCCGUCAGCUCUUCUCGCUUGAGCUCGUGCACUCCAUUUCGGCGCGCACGGUCAUGAUUACCCACCUGCCGGAGCAUCUGAAGGGCGAGCGCGCGCUGGCGGAGUAUUUCGAGCACAUAGAUCUCAGCGUGGAGAGCGUGAGCAUCUGCAGGGAGGUGGGGUCGCUGAAACGGUUGCUUGACAGACGAACAGCGGCAUUGCUCAGACUGGAGAAGGCGUGGGUGAAGUACGUUGGAAAUCCGAGCGUGAUCGAUCUGAAGCAAUCUACCACGCCAGAGGACCGCCUCGUUGAAGUAGAUGCCCCGGACUUGGAAGCAUCCUCGGAGCAGAUUGUCGUGCCGGGUCGUAAACGGCCUACCACUCGGCCGGGGCUCUUCAUGCCAAAGGUCGACAAGCUUGAGUAUUUGGAACAGCAAUUCAGACAGGCCCACGAGGCCGUAAAGACCCGUCGGAAGAACGGUCGGUUCAAAGCCACCCACGUCGCCUUUGUGACCUUCGAAACGAUGUCUAGCGCACAAAUUGCUGCACAAACCGCCCACUUUCCCACCCCGCGCUCAUGCACCACCCACCUCGCUCCCGAGCCGCGGGACAUUCUCUGGUCUAAUAUCAGCUACCCCCCGCCGAACCUGCGCAUUCGCGAAUGGAUCGUCCUCAGCGCCAUCGCGGCACUCCUACUGUUCUGGACGGUACCCACGUCCGCACUGGCUAGUCUGCUGAGUUACGAGGAGAUCAAGAAGGUGAUGCCGUGGCUCGGCGAUCUCAUCGACGAGAGCCCGCAGGUACGCGCGAUCGUGCAGAACUCGCUGCCGUCGGUUGCGAUCGCGAGCAUGAAUGCACUGCUGCCGUUCUUGUUGGAAGCCCUCACGUAUCUCCAGGGGUAUCCUGCCCGUAGCUGGAUAGAAUACUCACUCAUGAAGAAGUACUUCUUGUUCCUACUGGUCAACGUCGUCUUCAUCUUCCUAGUGGCGAGUACCUACUGGCAGCUCGUGCGAGACUUUGCAAAUUCUCCUGCAAGGGGCAUCGAGAAGCUGGCUUAUGCCUUGGCGGCUGGUAAGGCUAGGCAUUUCUUCUUGUCCUAUGUCAUCCUACAAGGUCUUGGCAUCAUUCCUCUGCAGCUGCUCAACCUGGGUGUUUUACUUCCGCGCAUGUUCAUUCGCUUGUUUAUCACGAGAACACCUCGAGAUUAUGCCGAGCUUAACGCACCGCCCAUGAUCAACUAUGGUGUUGUGUACCCUCAGGCCAUCCUCGUCUUCGUGAUCACGCUUCUAUAUAGUGUGAUACAACCGCUUAUUCUCAUCUUUGGUGCCAUUUAUUUCGGCAUGGCCUAUGUCGUAUACAAGUACAAGCUGCUUUUCGUGUUCUAUAAACCAUACGAGUCUCAGGGUCAAGCAUGGCCCAUCACGUUUGCGCGUCUCAUAUGGGGUGUGAUUAUUUUCCUGGUCUUCAUGAUAGGCAUCUUCAUCCUUCGCAAGUCGUUCGUCCUCUCGUCGUUGCUGGCACCUCUUCUUGGCGGUACGCUCCUAUGGGCAUGGUAUGAAGACAAGGCAUUCCGUCCGCUGAGCAAGUACGUGAACCUGAGUUCGGUGUUCGAGGUACAGAGGGGCGAGGACACCGCCGAUGUGGUGAGGCUCCGGCAUGGGCAUCCUGUAACGUGGUCUCAGAGUAAUCUGAACAGGAGGCGGUACGCUCAGAAUGAUGAAACGUUGUAUGUUGCUCCUGAGGAUGAGCGGACGGACUACUCGCAACCGCCAAUGGCGAAUUGGUACAGUGGUGUGUUGAACACUGGGAAGCGGAGAUACGGACACCCAGCACUCAACGGCGUCCUACCGAUGCCAUGGCUUCCUCUGGCGAAGAAAGAACAGUCCAGCACAACGAAUGGUGCCCAACCAGCUGCCACCGCGGAAAUCGCAGAAGAUCACACAAACCACGCCGUUGUAGUGACACUACGAAAGCGCCGCAGCGUCAUCCGGCCAGAUAGCAGGCAGGUGACUGCUCCCGCGUCGGCGGACGGCACCCCCGCCAGUGCGCCCGCAGACCUCGACCAUAUCCCCUCACCCGGCGAGCAGCUCGCGUCACCCGAGACGACUGCGAAUCCAUGGCAGGACGUCCAACCUCGGCGACCGACUGCGCGGCGACAGGCGCCUCCAUUGCCGCAUCGACUGAGUUACGACCAAGGCUCGGGCGUGAUCGUCCUCCCCGAGAACGACGAUUGGCUUAUCGACGAGGAGUCCAGCUCAGACGAAGACACGGACAGCCUGAUCCGCUCUGCGCACAGUAGCCCCGGUGCGGAUCCCGAACGGCGGUCGAGUCUGCGCAAGCGAUACAGCACGUACUAUCACCACCCGGAACGACGCAGGAGUACUGUCCCGCCAACACCGGCAACGUCCCAACCAUGAUACCUUUUAUGUUUCGCACGAUGUUGUGUUCGUAGCUCAUGUAUACCACGCUCAUGUCACGCUCCACGACGAUUCAAAUUAUCCGUUGGGUACUAAUUUGCACCAUUAUGCGCGAUCUAAUCCAUUUCCUUUCCAUGGCUACAGCUACGUACGGUCUGACUGGUGUUCGUAUUGCUUGCUCAUAUCAAUGCUGACACCCAGUG